AUGUCAGAGCCUACAGAAAAUUGCUCCCCCAGCUGGAAAGAGGAUGCCAAUGGGUACAUACCGAGUUACCUAGACAAGGAUGAGUUAUGCGUUGUUUGUGGGGACAAAGCCACGGGGUACCACUACCGCUGUAUCACAUGUGAGGGGUGCAAGGGUUUCUUCAGGCGGACCAUCCAGAAGAACCUCAACCCGACCUACGCCUGCAAGUUCGAGAGCAAAUGCGCCAUCGACAAAGUGACGCGGAACCAAUGCCAGGAAUGUCGCUUCAAGAAGUGCAUCGCGGUGGGGAUGGCCACGGACUUGGUGCUGGACGACAGCAAGAGACUGGCCAAGAGGAAGCUGAUCGAGGAAAACCGCGUGAAGAGGAAGCGAGAGGAGCUCCAGAAGACCGUGCUGGACCGCCUGGAGCCCACGCAGGAGGAGUGGGAGCUUAUCCGCAUGGUGACCGAGGCGCACGUGGCCACCAACGCACAGGGAAACCACUGGAAACAGAAGCGCAAGUUCCUGAGUGCAGCAGGGGUGAAGGAAGAUAAGCCAGAGGAAAUUGGUCAUGCGUCGAUGGUAAAUCCUCCUGAGGGAAACAAAGUGGACAUAGAAGCCUUCAGUCAGUUUACAAAAAUAAUCACCCCUGCCAUAACCCGAGUCGUGGACUUUGCCAAAAAACUGCCUAUGUUCUGUGAGCUGCCUUGUGAAGACCAGAUCAUCCUGUUGAAAGGGUGCUGUAUGGAGAUCAUGUCGCUCCGAGCCGCUGUGCGCUACGACCCUGAGAGCGAGACGCUGACGCUGAACGGGGAGAUGGCAGUGACGCGGGGCCAGCUCAAGAACGGAGGGCUGGGCGUGGUUUCGGACGCCAUCUUUGACCUGGGCGUGUCCCUGUCCUCCUUUAACCUGGACGACUCUGAGGUGGCUCUGCUGCAGGCUGUCAUCCUCCUCUCCUCUGACCGACCGGGCCUGAGCAGCAUUGACCGGAUCGAGCGCUGCCAGGAGGAGUUCCUUCUGGCCUUCGAACAUUACAUCAACUACCGCAAACCCAAAUUAACGCACUUCUGGCCCAAGCUGCUAAUGAAGGUGACGGACUUGCGCAUGAUCGGUGCCUGCCACGCCUCGCGCUUCCUCCACAUGAAAGUGGAGUGCCCCAACGAGCUUUUCCCUCCUCUGUUCCUGGAGGUGUUCGAAGACUGA